UUGUCCAUUUCAAUCUUAAACUAAUAAAAAAAAUUGUCUUUUUCAGUUGGCCUAAUCCUAAACUAAAAAAAAUCAAAUCUUUCUUCAUUUUCCAACUCACCCCAUAUUCCACAACACCUUUUCAUCAUCCACUAUACAGCAACCAACCAAACCCUUUAACAAAGUCUUUUUUCAUGUUGAUUUUAUGGUUUAACAGAUCUACUGGUAUCACAUGAUCUUAACUUUCCUCUUGUUUCCAGAUCAUUCUUUUAUUCAACUGCAGCAUCAUUCAAUUCAAGGCUGAAUUUUGUUGGAUUCAUCAUUAAGGUGAGUGUUGUGGUUGAUGAACUAUUUGACAGCGUGUUUUCGGCCACGUUUGGAUCGAUAUACACACGGUGGUUCAGAUGCUGGUGGUAAACAGGAGGGACUCUUGUGGUACAAAGAUUCGGGGAAACAUUUGAAUGGUGAGUUUUCAAUGGCUGUGGUUCAAGCCAACAACUUAUUGGAGGAUCAGAGCUAUAUUGAAUCGGGUAGUUUGAGUUCCGGUGAUUCUGGACCGUAUGGUACGUUUGUUGGUGUUUAUGACGGGCAUGGAGGGCCUGAGACAUCAAGGUUUAUCAAUGAUCACCUAGUUAGUCAUCUCAAAAGGUUUACUGCAGAGCAACAAUCAAUGUCAGUGGAUGUAAUUCGCAAGGCAAUCCAAGCAACAGAAGACGGAUUUGUGUCUCUUGUGACCAAACAGUGGUCCAUGAAACCGCAAAUUGCAUCGGUUGGAUCCUGCUGUCUUGUCGGUGUAAUUUGUAAUGGAGCUCUUUAUAUAGCAAAUCUCGGUGAUUCCCGAGCUGUUUUGGGAAGAGCAGUCAAAGCAACCGGGGAGGUUUUAGCCGUGCAAUUGUCCACAGAACACAAUGCAGCUAUAGAGUCAGUAAGACAUGAACUGCAAUCUAUGCACCCUGGCGAUUCAAACAUUGUUGUUUUGAGGCAUAACGUAUGGCGUGUCAAGGGCCUAAUACAAAUAUCUAGAUCUAUUGGCGAUGUGUACCUGAAAAAGGCCGAGUUCAAUAGAGAGCCUCUGUAUGCAAAGUUUCGGCUUCGUGAGCCGUUCAAGAUGCCAAUAUUGAGCUCAGAACCAUCGAUAUCAGUUCACCAGUUGCAGCCACAAGAUCAGUUUAUUAUAUUUGCAUCUGACGGCCUCUGGGAGCAUCUUAGCAAUCAAGAAGCAGUUGAUAUAGUUCAAAAUAAUCCUCUCUCGGGAAUUGCAAGGAGACUAGUGAAAACUGCACUUCACGAAGCGGCGAAAAAGAGAGAAAUGAGAUAUUCAGACUUAAAAGAUAUUGACCGAGGGGUUCGUAGGCAUUUCCACGACGAUAUCACCGUGAUUGUCGUGUUUAUUGACUCAAAUCUCGUGAGUAGGGCAAGCAAUGUUAAGUUCCCUACUAUUUCCGUUCGAGGGGGCGGUAUGAACUUGCGUCCUAACUAACACAUAAGCACCUUGUACAACACCAACAGAAGCUGGUGCUACCUGAAUAUAGAAGUUUUUAUCAAUAAUUUUUACUUUGUUGUAUCAUUUUCUUGUGUGAAUAGUGAAUACCAGGUAUCUUCAAAUAGUGAAGUGCAUCAGCUCAAACUGUAAGUUUUUAGAAUACUAAUACUCAUGUUUAGGUUCUUUCCAACACAAAUUGUAACAAUAGCAGAGGUAUUCUGAUAACCAUUAUGAGAUUUUCCUUUUCUUUCUGUGACUUGGUAUUAGAAGCUGCAUGAUUCGAGUUUCAAUGUAAGUCACAAUCUGGAUAUGUAAAGAGUUUUGUU